UUUUCCAAGAUGUUGGGCCCCUUCGCAACGUCGUAACGUUUUUGGCAGGUUUUAUUUAUGCAAAGAUUUCAACCGUUAACGGACGUGUGCUUCCCGCUAAAGUUGGGUGGGAUUUUCCUGCCAGGUUUGUUUUUUUCUUUUACCGCGACCCAAUUGCGUCCACUGGAGAGAAGAAGCAAAAAAUCAGCCGUUGCAGUUAAGGUUUUCACGCACGCAGAAAGAAUGGGCUGUCCACAAUGGAAAACGGUUAAACUCAAAGUGGUGUCCCUUCAUCCGGGCAACUCAGACCGGGCCUGGUUGUUUGAGAGCAACAGCCGUCCACCAGCGGCCGAACAGCUGCUGCAGCGUAUCGGUCAGCUGAACCUGGACCGUUCCCCCGAUCCGAGCGGGUUGUUGAUUCCGAACGGCCGGCUCGGGACGCUAUUUCAGUCGGUCAUCCUUUAGUCGCGUGUCGCUGACCGUACCGUAAGGAUGUGCUGGAUGGAUCGCUACGCCCGACCCGAUAGCGCAAUUUCAUACGAUUUCAUCCUCCGUGUAAGUGUUUCUUGAAAGGAUUUCAACAUAUCCUGGUGGUAUACCGGCACAUGAUGAUCAGCACCCUACUCUAGUUGUGCAGUUUAUCCUUUAACGUCACCGUUCGUCUCGCUGUCUAAAGUCAUUAGUGUAUGUGUGUUUUUUUGUGGCAUAAUGGUAGCAAAAUGGGGUCAAAAUCUGGCAGCAAAUUGUGUAGAAGUACGCUAAACUUGAGAUGUCGCAUACAUUGAACGCAACCAAUAUUAGCCUAACCGUGCAGUUGUGUGUAUUUAGCCAACGAAAGGCAACGUAUGCAAUAAGAAUGUGUUUAACGCAGUAAAUCGCACAUUUAUUAAAGCAUUACCCAUCGAAAUGUAUGAUCAAAGGCAGGAAUUGUAUUCACUCGUAUUAUUCAAGAAAAAAAAAACACCUUCAGUUACGACAUUUUACUUCCCCGGGCGGUCGAGUAUCCACUCGACUACGGGAGAACAGAAGCAGCGGCUAAAUGUUCCUUCUAGAAUGCGUAACGUGUGCGUUAACGGCAAUAAUCGUAGGCAGGUGAUCACUUAUCUGUGCCCCCGCAGAUGUGCAUCACCUGUGUGACACGAGCAACAUAAAAGAUUAACAAACAGACAGUAUUCAACGCUUAGUAUUUAGCUUCUUUAGUGAUCGUGAGAUCUUUGUGCAAUAAUGUUCGACCGUAACUUUGCUUAUCUAUCGUGUGUUUAACUGAUUGUGAAUGUAAUUAUGAGACCGGUGUUCCGGUUUUAAACUAAAUUGAAGAUGAACAAUCAAGCAUAAAGAAAAUCAAGCAGUAAAUACAAUAAACUACUAAACUAUUAUUAAGCAAAACUUAACCAAGCAUCAUCUUAUAGGGUAUCGUAAUGCGAUCGUUUACUGACCAUGUAUAAAAUGGUUUACAGUACUGUAUCUUUAAUAUGUAGGUUCACUAUACACUAACAAUGAUUGUAAAAAACUAUGCUAUAACAAUAAAGUAAGAUCACACAUCGAG